AUGAUUCGACAGCCUUUCAUCGCGGCGCGCAGUUCGCGGCAUAGAGUCGCCGUACUGGCACUCUACCGGGCACUCUUGAGGACGGGAUCCAAUGUUCCUUUGCCCAAAGAUCUCCAUCCGGGUGGAAAGAGACAUCCUAUAGCCAAGUUAUUGAAGAAGAGAUUCGCCAAGAAUGCGCCGCUCACCAGCUUGAGGCUUAUUUACGAUUCAAUGGCUUCAGGAUAUAAGUUUCUUGCUUUAUUAACCAAAGGGCAACACGAAACAUCACCCGAGCAUUCUGAAAUACUUCGACAUCUCCAAAAACGCAACAAAACGGCUGAUAUCUCUCGAGCCAAGUCCCCAUCCUUCAAAAGACCUCCCCGAUCAAAACAGAGGCACAACCCCCCUCUCCUCACCAACGUUUCUGCUCCGGACGAGCCCUCGAGAUACGAACCGACAGUUCGCCCACUUCCGAAGAGCGCUUUCGCUGGUGAGAGAAAGGUACCCGUCCCUGGCCAUACUGCCGAGUUGCUGUCGUUUCUACGGAUGAAGAAGCCGGAACCUAGGGUUUUCUCCCGAGCGCUUGGUAGAAAGACAAAGAUAUACAGACGUGAUAUGAUAGCAAGAAUGGAAGCUGAGACGGAGGGUAUAUCCUUAGGUCAAGCCGAGGAUCGUUGGGAUACUUUGAUGGAAAAUCUUCUAAAAGCAGAAGGUGUCACAGAUAGGGUUAGCAAUGAUGGCCUGUUGGCCUCGUAUCGCUUCUCUGCUGCCUUGUCAAAAGCUUGGUGGGGUCGCACACUCGACAAGCAUACUCAAGACUGGACUGCUCGUGGUGAAGCAAUAAGCAAGCUCGUCGAGCAGGAGAGGGCAUUGGCUAAGCAAGAGAAGGAGAACGGAGCUGAGCCAACUGAUCCUGAAGUUGCAAAGAAAACUCUUGACGCAAUUUUCAUGGAGUAUCGCCAAAAACAAGUCGAACAAGAGGAAACGAAAAAAGCAGAUGGUGCUAUGGAAUUCCGAGAUCCAUUCAUGUCUCCGAGAUGGCUAGCAGAGGUGCAAAAGUUGGAGCAUGAUUACUUAUCGAAAAGCGCAAGAAAGGACGAUAGACGGGACGGCAGACAGGACGGCAGAAGGGACGGCAGACAAAGCGACAGACAGGACGUUAGACGGGAUGGAAGGUCAACAACAAGAGACAUCGGGGAAGCCCAGAAACCAUUACCGGCUAGGAAAGGACCAGAAGAUAAAGCGAAGAUCAUAUGGUAG